AACCACUGAAAGUCAACAAACAGUUUGUGUUUUGGUUUGCAUUUUCCACACAUUUUUUGCUCAUAUUUGUUGUGAUACUAGACUCGUGUCUUAAGGACUGAGAGAGUGAUAAGUGAGUGAUUGGUCGCCGAUUGUGGUGAGCGAUGGUCGAGACGAUGCAAAACGGCGAACGACUUUCGGCCACUAAUGGCCACAAAUCGACGAAAGAAGACAUUUCGGCCAAUAAUGUAAAACUCUAUUCAUUGCUUCAAACGACAAACAUUGAGAUCAGUUAUGAGGUCUUCUGUCUUCUACUGAAUCUGCUUCGGAGCGGAUGUACUCCCGAAGCGGUGUAUGUAUUCCUGCGGCAAAUCGCCAACCAUUCAAAGAUAAUCAAACAGUUGAAGACUCUGAAGAAGAAUCAGCUGAAGAACAAUCUCAACGCCGACAAUAAGACGGCGACCAAACCGUUGAACACUUGAUUGCAUGUUAUAUACGAUAUGAACGGUUUGUUUUGAUAAUAAUUUGCAUAUUAAUCAGUACUUAACCACUCAAUCAAUAUAUUAAUUAUACAUUAAUUUUAAUUUUAUGAAUUGUUUUCUCGCAAAACAUUCCACAAAACUUGCAUUUAAUUUUAAUAAUUAAAUAUUUAUUUUUUUCUCGUAAUAA